AUGACAACGUUAACAGUAUUCCUUCAUCACGUUGCCAACCUGGUCCAGAACGUCGUUCAGGAGCAGUACACCGAUGCCAAAAUUCUGUCCUUUUGGAUGGCCAACAGUUCCGAGUUUUUGCACUUCCUCAAGUCCGACCGGCACAUCUCGGCGUUCAGCGUCCAGGCCCAGGAGGUGCUGGCCGAGAGCGUCCAGACAGCGUUCCGCAACCUGGUGUCGAUCUUCCACGUGGAGCUGUCGCAGACGCUGAACCAGUUUCUGUCGGAGAACAUCGACCACGACUCGGCCGCCGGGCUGGUGCUGUCCGUGCUGGGCUCGGCAAUGGCGCUGCUGCGGAGGUGCCGCGUCAAUGCGGCCCUCACGAUUCAGCUGUUCUCGCAGCUGUUUCACUACAUCAACGUGGUUUGCUUCAACAAGUUCGUCACGACAUCACACAUGUGCACCAGUGCGUGGGGCCGGGCACUAACCGAACGCCUCUCCCUGCUGGAGCUGUGGGCCGAAAAGCAGGGCCUAGAGCUGGCCGCCGAUUGCCACCUGGCCAAGAUCAACCAGUGCGCGCAGUUUCUGCAGGCGCCCAAAACAUCGGUGACCGAGGUGCAGCAGCUGGCCUGCUCGUGCUUCCGGCUCAACUCGCUGCAAAUGGGCGCUCUGCUGUCGCAGGAGACCAUCCCGCGGAAUCUGAUUGACACCGCCGUCCGGAUGGCGGAAUCCGUGGCGGACGAGCUGAGCAGGGCCGACGGACGGGAGAUUCGGUUAGAGGAAUCGCCGGAGUUGCCGUUGGCGCUGCUGCUGCCGGACGAUGGCUUCAGCUGUGACGUGGUGCGGGGCAUUCCCGCCGGGUUGGUGGACUUUUUGAGUCCGUUCCAGAUGGCCAACAUGUGCCGGCUGGCGUCGCAACCUACGAGCAUUGGGCUGUGGACGGUUUACAUGCAUCAGUUUAACCAGGGUCGCUCACCGAGCGUCAUGUCCAGCAAGUUGCCCCAGCCGGAGAUUCAGCUCAUCAAACUGCACAAAAACGCCAACGGCAUGGGUCUGUCGAUUGUGGCCGCGAAAGGUGCCGGCCAGGAGCGGUUGGGAAUCUACAUCAAGUCGGUGGUGACGGGAGGAGCGGCUGACCUUGACGGUCGGUUGCAAGCCGGCGAUCAACUGCUGGAGGUUGACGGUCAAAGCUUGAUCGGAAUCACCCAGGAACGGGCGGCGGAUCAUCUCGUGCGAACGGGGCCCGUCGUGACGCUGAAGGUGGCCAAACAGGGUGCAAUCUACCAUGGGUUGGCCACCCUGCUGCAGCAGCCCAGUCCGGUUAUCCAGCGCGGUGGCAGACGAAUGUCCGAACGAGACAUGACACGCGUAGGCAACGACCCCACCAAACCACCCGUACCCUCAACCUCCGGACAGCAGCUGCUCAACAGCAAGUCGGUCCCCGCGCUGCACCACGUCGGCGGUGGCGUCGGGGGCGGCACCAUCGGUUCGUCGGUCAACAAGUCGCGCAGUAUUCACAACUUGGCGGGUGGCAACGUCCAGGACCAGGGAUUCUAUCAGAACCUUAGUGUGUACCGGGCGCAGAACCAGAGUCACCCGAAUCUGGGUGAAAGACCCCAGAUGCCGCUCCAAACAUCACUCAACUCGCCGGGUGCGUCCAUCAGCAGUGGCAGCAGCAGCCAACACCAGCUACCGCAACAGCAGCAGCAACAACAACCCAUCUUAAGCCGUCCAUCAUCUGCCUAUUUUAAUAGCAAUAACAGUACUAACCCAAACACUUUAUUGUUGACAACACCAACCAACUCAAUGUCGUACGGAAUGCCCAACCAGCAGCAGCAACAGCCACCUCUUAGUACCAACAUAUCACACCCGAAUCUGGCCGGCACAGCCGGAGGAACCAUGAACAACCGACUGCAGCAAAAGAUGCAGCAGCAGCAGUUUGUGCGCGACGCCCAGGGUCAGCAGAGUCUUCGGUUGAACCAGAUGAUGGCGCCGUCAAUGCCAAAUAUUGCCCAUCCAUUCCAGCAGCAACAGCAGCUAAACCAGCAGCAGCAAGGUCAUCAACAUCCAGCGCAGCAACAUUUGGGUGGAAUCUCCGCCAGCCAGAGUAUGCAGAAUGUUAACAUGAUUGCCGGAGGUGGUGGCGCGUUUGGCUACCAGAAUGGUAGUCCGAUGAUGUCUCCGCAGCUGUACUCGACCGAACAGCAACAGCAUGCCUCACUGCUUCGUGGCCAAGCAAAGCUGGCCGAGAUGAACGAACUGUUGAAGCGGCGCAAUCAAAUUGUGCCUCCUCAGCAACAGCAGCAGCAACAGCAGCGAUCCCAAAAUUCCCAAGAUUCUUCAAUGAUGCCAUCCCCCCAAAUGCCGCAACAGCAGCAAGCCCAGCAACAUCCGGGCUUCAGCGGUGCUAGUCCUCAUCCCGGUGGAACUCCACUGAGCUCCCACAAGCAGAUGCUGCCGCCGACGACCGCCCCAAAACCGCAGCAACAACAGCAGCAGCAGCUUCGUCCCGAUCAAGGGAUAGAACAUCCGCCACUUCCGCCGACCGCAACACAUCCGCUGUACAAAACCGGUCCCGGAAGCAACUCCACACUGAAUGCCCCGUACAGCUCGUCGGAACCGCCAAAGGUCGGUUACUACCCGCCCCAAGUGCCAACGACGCAAAACAAAAACAUGAUUGCCCCGGGCACGAACCCGUGGGAGCGCGAAGAGAAGGAAAAGGAAACGGAACUGCGACGGGAGCAGAUCCGGGCCUGGCGUGAUCAGCAAAUCGCUGAGUUGCAGUCGCUGCCGCACAGAACUCCCCAACAGGAGGACCAGCUGCGAACGCUGGCACUCGAGCGUGACUUUGAAAGACGCGCCAUGGAGGAAGACCAGGACUUUGACAACGAUAUGUCACCUUACGGCAAAGAUUCCGCAAGCGUGCAAGAAGUGCUGAGACUAGCGCAAGCCCCGAACACCAUCACGGCUCCGCUGACCAAGAUGAAGCAAGUGGACAUCAAGAUGCCGUCGGUGCAGAACGUUGAAACCGGCUCAAACGACGGCCAAUCAGCCAACUCGGUAGCCAACACGAUCGCCAGCUUCCAGCAACAAGUAGCUUCAGCCUCGGCUUCCAUCCAGCCCAAGAGCAUCCUCAAACACAACAACAGCAGCACGCCCUCAUCUCCCUCCAAGAGCGCAGCCGUCAAGUCGGCCAGCUUUGCCGCUCAACACGACAAAAAUCUGAACCUCAGCGAGAUCACCAUGAACAACACCAACGCCAACCAGAUGAUGUCUCAGAUGGCGCUUGACAUGGCCCAGCUGAACCUGGCUGCCGAUCGCGUCGACGAAGACCUCAACGACCUGCAGGCGGCCGUCAACGGGUACGGGCCGCAAGACCCCAACAACCAAAACAAUGGCAUCGUCCCACCCCCACCUCCUCCGGAGCGCAACAGCUCGUACGUGAUCAUGUCCCAGCAGCAGCAAAAGCUACGUAGCAGCUCCACCAAACUCACCUUCAACAACACGGUGACCACCGACGCUCCCCAACAGCAACAACAACAGCAGCAGCAGAACCUCAUCAACAACAAUCCCAACAACGGCAACGGAAACAACACGCUGGGUAGAUACAGCAGCAACAACCUGCUGACGACGGCGCAGAGCCCGGUGACGCCACAGCAGAACAUCGCCAACAUCAACAACAACGCCAUGCUGAUGAGCAACGCGGCGCUGCUCAACAGUCGGCGGGUAUCGUUCCACGACGAGGACGCCGUGCUGGCGAACAUGAUGAACAACAACAACGGGAUAGGUGCUGCGGGAGGUAGCAUCGGAAGCAGCUACACCGAGGCGGGUCAUCUGAUUGGCAGCAGUAGGGCGGGCGAGCAGGGCGACGGAGGCGAUUUGGGGACGAUCCACGAGCGACCGGAUCCGGAUCGCUUCAUCGACGAAACGAUGCCGGCAAUGCUGCACACUCCGACGACCCCGGAAGCGGGCGAAAGCUGGAACAUGCAGGUCCAGGCCACUCCCGGCGUGAUCGGUGCCCAGGAAGUUUACCGUGACCCCCGCACCCGCCGGCUGGCCGAGCAGCAGCAGAAGCAAAAGGCCGAACCGGUGCCGGAGAAGCUGUCCUUUAAGGAGAAGAUGAAGAUGUUUGCGCUCGAGUCGGGCGAGAACAACACGCCCAAGGACAAGCUGAAGAUUUCGCGUGCCCAGCGGGACAUUGACGCGGUUCACUGAUGGUGAGGGGAGUGGGAGCUGCACAAGUUUGAGUUUUUUUUUUCUAUUUGACUACUUUUGUGACAUGACUACAAUUAUCUAUUGGUAAGCGCGCGCGGUGAUGACGACGAGAGAUAUAAAAACACGUGUUUGAGUAUAGAAAAGUGUUUGAACGAGAAGUUGGCGCAACAGCUAGGAAACUUUUUAUAGCAGAUUUUUGUUGAUACUUCUUUAGAGGUGUGUGUAUAAAGCAGCGUUGAACUAUUGAGAAACAGAAAGUCUAAUCGAUUCUUGUGUAGUAAAAAAACGGAGAUAACUCUACAUUGCUGAAAUGUAAGAAUAUUGUGUAUUGGAAUCAACCCUCAAUUAUGCUUAAAAAUGCAACUCGAAACAUGGAAAUGAUAACUUCACUAGCGAAACCCAUCGGACCAAAAAAACAAGAACAAGAAAAUAUAUUGAUUUUUAUACCUUUUAUGCAAAUGUAUGGAACUACGUGUGUGUUAUUUAACGAAAUCAGAUGCAUAUUUUAGAAGAGAACAUAAUCCCACGUCGUGACGUCGCGACGACAGAGAAACAUAUUUAAAACUGACAACCUAUUGGAUUUAUAGCGAAAUGGAUAGCCAGAGAGAGAGAGAAACAUAAAGAGAAGUAAACUGUGGUAAUGCAAGCGGAACAAAACGAAAUGAUUUAAACUUUAAACAGCAACAACAACACCUUUUCCUACGAUUCUAGAGCCGGAGCGAUUCGCGCAUCCGAAGUCCUAUAUUUGAAGUAGAGUGUUAGCUAUUUUAUAUCGAAACAAAAUAAUAAAAAAAAAACUAUUUGAAAUAAGUGACCUAAACCACAGAGAUAGAGAACGAAAACAAACAAAGAAUUACUACUCAAAUCCCCCCUUCUCCUCCUUAACCACAAUGUGUCUAACAGCAUAGGAAUUUGCAAACGCAGCUACGUAAUUUGGCAUAGAAAACAAGUAAUUAGGUCAAUUUCCAGCCCCGAAAACCACUCACAAAAACAUCCACCCUUACAGCUAGUAGCAAGCAACAAACCUACUGAAAAGUUAAACCCAGCAAGAAAAACAAAAAAACUGUCUCCCCGAGAGCAUAAAUAAACUUUGAUAGAUGUGUACUUUUAUGAAAUUAUUGUAAAGAAA